AUGCACCCCCUGCAUGGUUUGCUCAGAUGUAGAAGGGAAUUCAACAGAACAAGUCGACAACACUACCGGUCCAUAAAGCUGCGCGGAAAGAAUGACAAACAACUGGUUAGCACAAUGCGUAGGGCGGAGGAAGUGGAGUGUUUUUCUCUACUAAAUAAGCCCCUUUUUCCUGGCCUCUCCUACGUGCUAAACGCGGAUAGAAACCUUGUGAGGGUUUUCGAAAAAUGCAAAAAAAAAAGUGCGCACAUAGGACUCUUUCUUUUAAAAAAUACGGAAAAUGAGCAAGUAGGAGGUCUGUUUAAUGACGCACAGUUUGUGACGAAUGCUCCCAUCGGAGGAAAACCCUUUUUGAAGAAAGACAUCUCCUUCAUUAACGAUGUAGAGGAUGUGUACCAAUGCGGAUCGGUAGGGCUUAUCCGAGAGCUUCUCUACGACGAUGAUCAGGCCAGAAGCGACACAGAAGGGAGAAGCAACCGUGCGGAGAACAUCCCCCACAGGUGUAGCUCCCUGGACAGAAGCGAAAAAGUAUCCUGUAAGGAUGACUCCCAUGAUGGGAAGGGGCAAAACGAAAGGACGGGCCCUCUAUUGGACCAGUCGAAAGACAUCCACCGAGUCGUCAUUGAAAUUGCGCAAAAGGUGAAAAUUGUAAAGUGGGUCAAGGGAAACACAGCCCAGGUGGACGUAAUUAAGCAGCACAUGUCCAGCGAACGAAAUGGAAAACAAAUAAAAGCUUACCAAAUGCAGAUCAUAGACAAAAUAAAAGAAAUUGUCCACCUAAAUAGUGCAUGCAGUGUUGAAUAUAAUUUAUUGUUAAAAUAUUAUGACGUGAAAAAUGUAUACAGUCUGGUCAACUUGGUAGGCAGUAUAAGCAUGGGAAAGAGUAGUUCCCUUCAGGGUUUGCUGGAAGAAGGGGCUGUAGAGGACCAGCUAGCCAUGUGCUUGGACCUACUAAAUGAAGAUAUUCUUUUGUUAAAAAUGAAGAGAGAGUUAUCGACAAAUCUGAAGAACAAAUUUGAUGAAGAGAAAGAGAAGCUAAUGAUAAGGGAAUGCAUCUCCAACCUGAAAAAAAAAAUAGGAGAAAAAACGGACCACGAAAUCCUAUGCGAUAAAUUUUUUGCGAAAUUUCAAUCUAAGAGGAGUCAUAUGGAUGAGGAAGCUUCUGCUACUAUCCUACGUGAAGUUAACAAAUUCGCCCUGUACAACGAACACUGCAAUGAUUAUGCGUCCACGUAUCAAUACAUCAACACCGUGCUGAGUAUUCCCUUUGGGAAAUAUGCCCCUCUCUGUGAAGAUAUAAGUGCAUGCGAAAGGACGUUAACACAAAGUCACUACGGAUUAGACCAAGUGAAGAAAUACAUUCUAGAAUAUGUAGGGCUGUACAUACUAAACAAAAAUGUGAAGCCGAAAAUACUUACCCUUGUUGGUUAUCCAGGCAUCGGAAAAACGUCCAUCUGUAAAUCCAUCAGCUCGGCGUUACAACUCCCCCAUUAUGUAAUUAACAUGAAUAAUAUCACCAACAUGCAUGAACUGAUUGGGCAUAGGAGAACCUACGUGAAUAGCUACGAAGGUAAAAUUAUAGAAGCUCUCAUCUCAACCGAUGUAAUGAACCCCUUAAUCGUCUUGGACGAAUUGGACAAAAUUUCCCUGACGAAUGGCAACAUAUAUACUACUCUGCUGAACCUUUUCGAUAGCUCACAGAAUAAGGGGUAUAAAGACGUGUACGUGAAUUUCCCCAUCAAUCUGCAGAGAGCCUUUUUUAUUUGCACCGCCAACUCGGUUGACCACAUCCCAGAGACUUUGCUCGACCGAAUGGAAAUCGUAAAUGUGUAUCCCUACACCAAUGAGGAAAAGAUUGUUAUUUUUAAAAAGUACUUGGAAAAAAAAAUGCAGGAAGAGACUAAAGUUACGGACUUACAUCUCCACAUGUCAGAGGAACUCCUCCUUUAUGUUAUCCAAAAUUAUACCAACGAGAAUGGCAUACGGCAGUUUUACUCUAUUGUUUAUAGCGUCUACAAGAGAAGAGCCUUCAUGCUGCUAAAGGGGGUUACGGGGAGAGUCCAGUUGGGGCUUCACAAUUUGCACCUUUUCCACGAUUUUGUGAACUUGGACUGUCUCCGGCAGCGAGGAGGCAUUCAAGCCGUUCAAGCCAUUGAAGCGGUUCCCUCCACCCAUGAGGGCAUGAUCAAAUCGCUCGCCUUCACCGAGGAUGGCGGGCAAGUAGUCACCAUAGAGGUGAUUGGCCUCGCGUGUGCAAACUCCCAUGCGGGAGGAUCUUCCAACCUGCACUGCACUGAGACCUUUCCAAAGAGUACCACUAAGGGAGAGGAACUCCUCUUGCGUCCCAACCGCCGUAGGAACCAAUUCUCGAUGGUGGACGAGACGAUGCACCCACCAGCGCUGUUGCGCUCGUCCCAAUUGGGGAAAACGGUUACAGAAGAUACGUGUCGCCACGGAAUAGCCGCAGGCUCCACUUGGUCAGAUAUGAUGGAUCCAACCCUCAUUGAUGAUGACAACCCCUCUUUUGCGAUAAAGGAGGCAGCGGAAGGUAUCCAUAGGACCAAACCGUUGGAGAUAAGUUGCUCGUUGGAGAGAAGCCCUCCGUCAGAGCCCUACCCAAAUUACCAAAUCGUUAUAACCGGCAGCGUGGGGAAGAUCAUGCAAGAAAGCAUCCUCAUAGCGAAUACUUUUGCCAAUCAUCUGCUAAAAAAGGUAGUCCCCAAUUUUCAGGGUCAAUACUUACACAUCAAUUUGAGCGAGUGUGAUGUGAAGAAAGAUGGGCCCAGUGCAGGGGUCAAUUUCGUUACCUCCAUUUUGUCCUACUACCUAAGAACAGCGGUGAAUAGUUCCGUAUGUAUGACAGGGGAGAUAACCCUUAACGGCCAUGUGGUGAAGAUUGGGGGGCUAGUGGAAAAAAUGAUCGUUGCGAGAAAUUUCGGAAUACGCACCUUGAUCAUUCCCAGGGACAAUGCGCAGGAGUACCAGCUGCUGCCAAGUGCUCUGAAGGGAAACAUUCGGGUGCUAUAUGUCUACCACUACUACCAAAUAUUUAAUUUCCUUUUUCCUAAGUUUGGCCCCUUAUCACCUUAG